UACCAAAAUAUAAUAACCAAAAACAAAAUAAAAACAGAAGAAGCUAUGAAUAUAUUUUGUCUUUACAAUCAAAAUCAUAAGAUCAAAAAAUUAUGAAGGUGAGUGUGGAGAUAAUAACAGGAACGUUCAUAGAUGCGGACGUGAGUGAGGAUGCGACGGUCAAGGAGUUGAAGGAGAAGAUCGCCGCGGAGGUGAAAUUACCGGUGAAGCGUUUGAUACUCGUGAUCGGAGAUGAAGAGGAGAGAAGGGUGGUGAUGGAGGAUGAAGAUGAAACGAGGUUAAGAGAUUUAGAUGUGGGAGAAUGGUCUCAUGUGUAUUUGUUCUUUAUGCAUCCUGAUUUGGUUUCUGAGGAAGAGGAGAGAUCUAAAGGAGAAGGAGAAGAAGAAGAUGAAGAUCCUAUGGAGGAGGAGGUUUCUUCGGACGCAGAGAGUGGAAAAGGAAAGGAAGAAGAGAAACCAAACGGGGAGGUGGAGGAUGACAAGGAGAUGAAAAAUGAAGAAGAAGGUAGAGAUGAGAAGGUUGAAGAUGAUGAGGAAGAAGAGAAGGAGAUGAUUAAUGGAGAAAAAGCAAAUGAUGAUGAUGGUGUUAAAGAGGAAGCAAUAGAGGGUGAAGAAGGAGAUAAUAAAGACUCGAAUUGAUGAGAUUUUUUUUGCUUUUGUGAUUAUCUUUGUUUUAUUUGUCUUUCUUGGUAUACAAGCAAACAAUCAAACAUUGUCUUAGGUUACCAGUUUAAUAAAAAAAAAAAAUUGAGUUUGAUUUGGUUC